AUGUCUGACGCCGGUCAACAAUCGCCUAAUGGCAACGCCGACAUGCCUCCUGCCGCCGGUGGCACGGAACAUCUAAACAUCAAAGUAACCGACGGCAACAACGAGGUGUUUUUCAAGAUCAAGCGCAGCACGAAACUGGAAAAACUGAUGAAGGCAUUCUGCGAGAGACAAGGAAAAGACCUGCGGAGUGCUCGGUUCUUGUUCGACGGCACCAAGGUACAAGUCACGGAUACUCCAGACACUCUGGACAUGGCCGACGGCGACAGUAUCGAGGUGCACCAGGAACAAAUCGGUGGCGCUGCCUAA